AUGAAGAAACAGUCGGCGAAGGUGGAACCAGCACUCUUGCCAUCAGGGAUCCGACGUUUGCCGGAGAAUGGCGAACUACCCGGCAUCAGUAAGGGUUGGUGCAGCCGUGUCUAUCAGAAUUUGGACCGCAAACGUCCCGAGGUGCACCCGGCCGAUGUGGACUCAUCCGCCCCUCGCGCGCCCAAUGGCAAGACGGCACCAAGGCCGGCAGUGGAGUUGGACGUUCAGAAGAGCACUGGCCCACGUAUGCCAGAGCCGCCGAGCUCUUUCAGUGCUCCAAGGGCUGACGGCCGAACGCCACUGCUGGCGCGCACGGUCGUGAAUGCUCCUGCAAGACUCGACUGCUCCCGCAUCCGCGAGGCAGCGCGCAUGCCCAAGUCUGCAUCCUCGGCAACGCUGCGAAGGCUCGACGAGAAGGAGUUUGAUGGUUGCCGCCGCACCUGCUGCAGCUCCAGCAUCAUCUUCGGCAAGUGA